CCAGACAGACUCAGUGUAUGUGUGCACGACAGCCAGGGAUGUAAUUCUGCAAUUUUCCCCUGUGGCGUUUCAGCCUUUUCUAUUCUUUUUUUUUUCCCCCAUUCAUUUCUAAUGGGAGAUUACUGCUGUUUUCCGGCUGCCCUCUUAGGGUUAAAGUGAGGGAAGCGAGACUGUGUGACAGGAAAAAGAGUUUGGUGAAAGAGAGAGAGCAGACAGGCUCAGAGGGCAGACGGACUAAAGCGGAGUUAUGGAGCAGAAAAUGGGACCGGCUGCUACCUUGCUUGUUUUGUUGUGUUUGUGUUCUCCAGCUGUGUGUGUUCCCACUGCGAUGGCCGACGCUGCACCAACACAGGCCUCCCUGCAGGGGAUGAAAAAGGCGAGAGGAGACGUUCCUGAUGAUCUUCCAGAGCCUGAGCCGGAGCCCACCAGUCCUGCGUCGGACUUUGAGACUUCAUACAACUACAUCUUGUCCAGACUAGCGGGUAUGGACCAGGCCAUCCACAAGCUGAAUGUCGGUCACUACACCCUGGAUGUUAAAGUCACCCAGCUGCUGGACCGACUGUCAAUGAUGGACGCUAAAGUCGGGGAGCUGGAGGACAACAUUCGGGAGGUUGACCAGUACAGCAAGGACAACCGCAAGGAGAUUGGAAGACUGGAAGGUUGCCAGAAGGGCCACAGGGUGGGCUACAAAUGCUACCUGGUCUACCGUAGCUACGAGGACUACGCCGGAGCCUCCAGGAAGUGCCUGGAGCGCGGGGGGCGCAUGGCGAUGCCCCGAGACCGCAAGGAGCAGGAGGCCCUUGCCGACUACGUCAAGUCCUUCUUCCACCCGGGCAACUGGCCCGUCUGGCUGGGCAUCAACGACCUGCGAUCCGAGGGCAUGUACCUCUUCGACGAUGGGACGCGGGUCACGUACUUCCAGUGGCGCAGGCACUUCCUGUCUAGCCAGCCGGACGGAGGAAAGCGGGAAAACUGCGUGGCGAUGUCAUCGGAUGAUGGGGACUGGUGGGACCACUACUGCGACCGGACCAUGAACUACCUGUGCGAGUUUGACGACAGGGUGGCACUUUAAAAAUGACAGUUUGGGGGAAAAAAAGUAAUUUUCACUGUAAACUAUGACCUCCAUUCAGUGACCAUCAUCCUAGUGAAUCCCCAUUAUAAUUAAGAAUCCAUUCUAUUUUUUAAAAAAGCUUUCAUUUAUGUUUCAUUUGGGAUUUCCCCAAGAUCCUCUAGUGGCGAGAAGGAUUUGCAACAACAUUCAGACACCAGUAAAGAGGGAUGGCUGAAGCAGUGAGGGUCACUUGGUGCUCAGCAGAAAACUGCUCCCACAUUAGAAAACAUGGCUCUUCACUUUAUUUGAGUUCAAACGAUUUAAUUGUAUUAUUAUUAUGAACCUUAUGCAGUCAGAAUCAGCUGUUCUAUGCAACUGGUUGUAUAUAGGAAGUUAAGCUAUGGUUCACAAUAACCUAUGUUGUAUUAUGUGUUUUUUUUUUUUUUUCAGCCGACAACAAUGCUAGUUACUUUUUUAAGAACACAAAAAUCCUGGUAGUUCCUGGUAAUCAAUGCCAAGCUUCACAACUUUGUUCAUUUUGCAAAAUUGUUACUCAUAGUCAUGAAGGAAUGUAAAUGUUUACAAGUGAAAAGUUUUGCAAUUAUCUACUUAGCAGCUUGAAUAUGCAGUUAUUUUGUAAAAGGCAUUCAUUUUAUAUGACAGUUUAAUAGUAUGACACACACUGUCAGUAUUUAAAUAUGUAGCUAUUUGCCACGACGAUGCUCAGACUUUCAAGUUUAAGUCAUGCUUCAUAGCACAAAUAUGCUUAAUGUUAUUUAAGUUAUAUACAGGAUCAUUUUUUAUUUAGAUUAUAUAAUCAUUCCGUUGCACUGACAUGAAUGUAAGCCAGUCAGACUCAGCUAUGUGAUUCAGCUUGUGGAAUUCUAAAUAUUUUGUCUACACACACACACACACACACACAGUCUCCAUGUCAACAUCUCUGGGAAGCCCAUUCCUAUAUUCUAGGGAAAUGAAUUCUCAUUGCUGAGUCAUGGAGUAACUCUGUAAUAAUUACACGUUUUAUGUUAAUGUGCCUUGGAUCAGAAGCUACAGUGUGUAAAACAGUGACCAUGCACUUAAAAAGCUGGAUGUCA